AGGACAGUCAAAGAAGAUGACGUCUCUCCAAUGAACCCUCCCAAGUAUGACAAGAUUGAGGACAUGGCCAUGAUGACCCAUCUCAAUGAAGCCUCUGUGCUGUAUAACCUCAAAGAGCGUUAUGCAGCAUGGAUGAUCUACACCUACUCUGGGUUGUUCUGUGCCACUGUGAACCCCUACAAGUGGCUCCCAGUUUACGAUUCUGAAUUUGUUUUUGCCUACAGAGGCAAGAAGCGUAUGGAGGCUCCACCCCACAUCUUCUCUGUCUCUGACAACGCUUAUCAGUUCAUGCUUACUGAUAGGGAGAACCAGUCUGUCUUGAUCACUGGAGAAUCUGGUGCUGGAAAGACUGUGAACACCAAGCGUGUCAUCCAGUACUUUGCAACAAUCUCAGUUGGUGGAGACAAAAAGAGGGACAUGUCAAAGGGGUCACUGGAGGAUCAGAUUAUUGCAGCCAAUCCCCUGCUGGAGGCCUACGGUAACGCCAAAACUGUGAGGAAUGACAACUCCUCUCGUUUUGGUAAAUUCAUCAGAAUCCAUUUUGGCACAACUGGCAAACUGGCUAGUGCUGAUAUUGAGACAUAUCUGCUGGAGAAGUCUAGAGUGACAUUCCAGCUUCCUGAUGAAAGAGGCUACCACAUCUUCUACCAGAUGAUGACCAACCACAAGCCUGAGCUGAUUGAUUUGGCACUCAUCACAACCAACCCCUAUGACUUCCCCAUGUGUAGCAUGGGUCAGAUCACUGUGGCCAGCAUUGAUGACAAAGUUGAGCUGGAAGCCACUGAUAAUGCCAUCGAUAUCCUGGGCUUCACCGGUGAAGAGAAGUCAAGUAUCUACAAGAUGACUGGUGCUGUGCUCCACCAUGGUAACAUGAAGUUCAAGCAGAAGCAGCGUGAGGAGCAGGCUGAGCCUGAUGGCACAGAGGACGCUGACAAGGUUGCUUACUUGCUGGGUCUGAACUCAGCUGACAUGCUGAAGGCUCUGUGCUAUCCAAGAGUAAAGGUCGGAAAUGAAUUUGUCACCAAGGGACAGACUGUACCCCAGGUGUUGAACUCAGUGAGUGCUCUGGCCAAGUCUAUCUAUGAGAGAAUGUUCUUGUGGAUGGUCAUCCGUAUCAACCAGACACUGGAUACCAAACAAGCAAGACAGUUCUUCAUUGGUGUCCUGGAUAUUGCUGGCUUUGAAAUCUUUGAU